AUGACUUCGGCCGACCUUCACACCGCGCUCUUGCGCCCGGCGGUUCUUCAAAUCCUUCGCGCUGCUGGCUUCAGCUCUGCGCGACCUGUUGUAAUCGACACCGUCACCGAUCUCGCAGCUCGCUAUCUUCUCUUAUUGGCGUCUUCUACCGCUCAGAAUGCCUUCAAUCUGCACAACACUUUCGUACCGACUGUUCAGGAUGUGAGGCUUGCGUUGACCCAGGCCGGAGCGCUGGCGCCCCAGAUGAACACCGUGGAGGAGGGUUUGAGAGGCGAUGUGGAGAUCGUGGAAGGGGUAUGGGUCCCGUUCGAAGAUUUACGAGGAGUCGAGGCGUUUGUGAAUUGGGCGUACGGGCCGGUCAAUAAGGAGAUCAGGAGAAUUGCAGGCUUCGGUGAUGAUGUGAAUGUGGAGGAGAUUGCGGCAGGUUUGGACGAGCAGGAAGAUUAUCUAUCUGUAUUGAAAAAGCGCCACAGCAAAACCGGCGAAGAAGUUCGCUACCAAGGUACUGUUCUCGGCAAGGAUACAGAAUUACUACCCGUGUCAAUCGUCGGCGGCCCUGCGGCUUCAGUUGCAGAAUGGGCGCGUCAGUCCUUGGCCAACACGCGCAUUUCUUCCAGCAUGCGCCCUGGACAAGAAGAGAGUGCAACUCCAGCGACGUCCGGCAUUAGCAGUGCACCACUUACUCCUAUUGAGUCCGAAUGA